CUAGAGUCGGGAGCGCGCACAGGGAAUUAGCACUCUCUCUGUGUGUUUCUGAAUGAAGAUGGGAGCCGUGUCUCUGUCUCUGUCUCCGCUUCUCCUCUGCUUCUGGCUCAUCUUUCCGCUCUGCACGACCCAGAAAGCCAAGGAUAGGAAGAGUGAGAGCGCGAGGGACACCGAGUUCGUGGACAAGUACAGUGUGUGUGCACAGGGUCCUCCUGGAGUGCAGGGACGUGAUGGUAAUCCGGGUGUGAACGGUAUUCCGGGUACUCCGGGAAUUCCGGGGCGUGAUGGGGUGAAAGGGGAGAAGGGCGAGUGUGUGAUGGAGAGAUUUGAGGAACCGUGGAAGCCGAACUAUAAGCAGUGUGCGUGGAGCGCGCUGAACUACGGCAUCGACCUCGGCAAGAUUGCUGACUGUACGUUCACUAAGCUGCGCUCGGACAGUGCUCUGCGUGUGUUGUUCAGUGGCUCUCUGCGUCUGAAGUGUAAGAGCGCGUGCUGUGGACGCUGGUACUUCACCUUUAACGGGGCCGAGUGUACAGGACCCUUACCCAUAGAGUCCAUCAUCUACCUGGACCAGGGCAGUCCUGAGCUCAACUCCACCAUCAACAUGCACCGCACCUCCACGGUGGAGGGUCUGUGUGAGGGAGUCAGUGCUGGUCUGGUGGACGUGGGGAUUUGGGUGGGGACGUGUGCUGAUUAUCCGCGCGGAGACGCCUCCACAGGCUGGAACUCCGUAUCCAGGAUGAUCAUCGAAGAGCUUCCCAAAUAACUCUCUCCUCCAUCCGGUCAGCUGGUGGUCAGUGAGGUGGAACUCAGAAACACAGCCAGGGAACCUCCUUCAUCACCGUGUUCCUCUGAAAUUUCAUCACUGUGUUCCUCCAAGCAACACAACACACACUAUCACAAACAAACAAACAAAAUAUCUCACUUUUAAUUCCCAGGUCUUCCAAUGUGGGGCGUGUCCCCGGGAGGCUGGUGGGUGUGUCUUGAGCUGGAAGACCCACCCACCAGACGUUUCUGAGUAAUACCCAACUUCUUUUACCUACUUGAAGACUUCCAGAUGUGGACUUCCAGCCCCCCCACACUCACACUCACACUCACACUCACACACUCACACACUCACACUCACACACUCACACACUCUCACACGCACACACUCACACACACACACACACACUCACACACACAGUAAGAUUUAUUUCCACUGUGUUUGGUUUGUAUGUUCAACUUGUUCUCUUAUUUUUCAUUCAAAUAAAUGAGAGUGUUUUAUACACACACACGCGUGA